AUGGGGUUCUUCGAUGCAGCUGUGAACAUCACCAUGCUGACCUAUAUCAGUCUUGGAUUGCCCACCGUUGUUUUCAACAUCCCUUUCGUUCAUCUCACUCUCUUUAUUGCGAAAAACCGUGGAAGGAAAGAAUUUGUAACUCUAGGCUGCUCGGCUCUAGGAGAUAUUAUCUAUGUUGUCAUCUAUGUUUUCAACAGUUUCUGGCGCAUACAGGAGCAUCCAACAAUGGUCUCCCGUGCUGAGUGUAUCAGUCAUAUCAACAUUCUUAUCAGCACAUUCACCGCCGUUCUGAUUUUCGUCAACCCUCUCAUGAUCGCAAUCGACCGUCUUGUUGUAAGCGUCAGUGGAGUUUGGUAUUACAAGCAGACGUUGACAUACACUGUUGUCCUUUUCUCGAUUCCAAUUGUUAUCAGUUCCAUUGUCGCCGGAGCUAAUGUUUACAUGACCUCGAUCUCCCCAGUCGAAAUGAUAUCAUCAAUGUGCUUCACUUCUGGUAUCAUCCAAACCGGUGGCUUCGAGUGGUUCUACUACGGCUUCAAGUGGAGUUGUGUUGUCUUGGCACUCGUUGUCUAUGGCGUUGUUGCCAUUGUCUACUGGAAGAAGGUUCAAAUUGGAAAAUGCGACGUAGUCAACCGUGUCAGGAUUCAAUCCGCGUAUCUCGUAAUGGCUUUCAACACAGCUAACUGCAUUCUUUUUCUGUUCGUCCCGGAUGUCCUUCUCAAGUUUCUCAUCAAGAAAUCAUUGGCCCUCAUGACUUGCUUGUUCUCCUUCAUGAUUAUCAAGCUGCUCCUCAAUCUUGCUGGCAUAAUGUUGCUCCACAAAGAGCUUCGUACUGCUUACCUCGAUAAGGUCUUGAUCUUCCCCUCAUGGAAAAAAAGGGUCUUCGGAUUCACUUCUGUUGUCAGCGUCAGCAACCACGCACAGAAGAAUCGCAUGACGGCGCCAAAUUGA